AUGCAACGAUGGUUCUACGAGAGAAAAAGUGUAUCCACGAAAUGUAGUACGACUGUGACACCAAAAAUUGAUGAUAAAUUGAGAAAAUCAUUCGACGCCGGUGCAACUUUACCAGUACGAAAUUUGGACGAACUCGUUUUUGAGUUAGGUAUAGUUACUGAACUUUGUACUAUCGACCUUAUAGGUAACACGUGUUCAUGUCGAGUGUUUCAGAUACAACAAAUCCCAUGUUCACAUGCAUCCCGAGCUGCUUGUGCAAAAGAAAAAUCAUUGUAUGAUUUGUGCUCCCCUUACCACACCACAAAAUAUUGGCGAGCUGUGUACAACGAAGUUCUUCACCCCGUUGGCCAAGAGUUAGAUUGGGUUGUUCCUCGGUCUAUUCGUUCCGUGGAAGUUUUAUCCCCGAAUAUACGUAGAGCACCCAGGGGGCCGGGUAGGCGUGAAUCUGGGAGAGAAAGGCAGGAUGAGUAUCAUAGCGAUGAGGAUGAUUUUGAUGAAAAUGACAUUGAUAUGGGUCGAGCGACGCAUAGGGGUGAUAGGAUGGAAAGAUGA